GCUCCAAAAUUCCCAUAAGAAAGGAACUCACGGGACUGCAACGCACAGGAGAACACAAUGUUGCAUCAGAGUCUGAAAGAUAUGUCUGAGAUGAUUAUCGUGUACGAUUUUUGAUCCCGGGAUUAUUUGCCAAACGAUCGAUUACCUCAACUUUUUUUCGAAGCGCGCGUAACAAGAUGGUUCAGACUGCGACCUGCGCCUUGGGGACACUGAUUUUUUUCCUGACUGUGAAUUGUGGCGUCUUGUCCACGAAGAUGUCCUUCUCCAACUUCUCCGUGGACAACGAGGUGCGCUCCAGCUUCAUCCACGGCCGACUGAGGAGCCAGGAGCGCCGGGACAUGCAGCGGGAGAUCCUCUCCAUCCUCGGGCUGCCUCAUCGCCCGCGACCCGCGCACGUCGGCUCCAGGCUCAACGCUGCCCCGUUGUUCAUGCUGGACUUGUACAACACCGCCUCAACAGACGCACCGCGCACGAGAUAUUCCAGCUACGAUCCCCAUCUGGAGCCGCAGGCUCCCAACCCGGUCACCCCGCAGGACAAUCGCUUCCUGGAUGAUGCUGAUAUGGUCAUGAGUUUUCUCAAUCUCGUUGAUCGGGAUCAGGAACUUCUGUACCAGAAGCACCGAAGGGAAUUCAGAUUUGAUCUUUCCCGUAUUCCAGAGGGAGAGGCUGUCACGGCGGCAGAGUUGAGAAUUUUUAAGGACCUCGUACAGGAACGCCAUGAGAAUGAGACAUUCCGAAUUAACAUCUACCAGGUCUUGCAGGAGCUGGCGGACGGCAAAGUGGAUCUGUUGCUGGUGGACCAGCGAGAGGUGUGGGCCGCAGAGGAAGGCUGGCUCAUCUUUGACCUGACCGCCACCAGUAAUCUUUGGCUGGCCAACCCUGAUCACAACCUUGGCCUGCAACUGGUCCUGGAAGACAACCAUGGCUUUAGGAGGACCCCUCGACUGGCCGGGUUGUUCACUGGCAGCGGAGUCCAAGAGAAGCAAGCCUUUCUGGUCGCCUUCUUUAAAUCCAGCGAGGUUCGCUUUCGCCACAUCCGCUCGGCCCACGGCCACAGGGGGCGCCACUCCAACCGCUCCAAGCCGCACAAGACUGUCCAAGAUGCACUGAAGGCUGUCGAGGCCGCAACAGAUCUCGGCAUAUCGAAAGAUGGAUGUAAGAAACGCGAGCUGUAUGUCAGUUUCAGGGAUUUGGGAUGGCAGGACUGGAUCAUUGCACCAGAGGGCUACGCGGCGUACUACUGCGAGGGCGAGUGCGCCUUCCCACUCAAUUCCUACAUGAACGCCACAAACCACGCCAUUGUGCAAACUCUGGUGCACUUUAUCAACCCGGGAACGGUGCCCAAGCCCUGCUGCGCUCCCACGCAACUCCACGGCAUCUCCGUCCUCUACUUUGACGACAGCUCCAACGUCAUCCUAAAGAAGUACCGCAACAUGGUGGUCAGAGCCUGCGGCUGCCACUGACCGCUGCUCGUCCAUUAUACAGCAUGAGUUCAUUUAGGAGGGAUGUUUACAAAAAAAAAAAAAAAAAGGGGGAGGAAGCAAGAAAUGGUUUACUCUCUAUGUCAGGGAGGAGGCUUUUAUCUGUGGGACUGUAUUUAUGACCAGCAGCUGACCAUCGGUUACACAAAAAGGGGAUUUCAAACUGCUUAUUGGCAUGCAUUUCAGUGCAGCUCUGGAAGCCCCGCGACCAAAGUUUUGCCCAGUGAGACUGAGUAACGUGU